AUGGCCUUAGAAUCUACUUUAUUGCCGAACCAGCAACCUAAAAAAAGGAGAAGGAAAGAUUUGUCAAAAGAUCAUUGUGGGAGUGGUGGAGGACUUGUUUUAACUAAACAUGUAAAAGUAGGAAAGAAGGCUGCUGGAAAGUCAGAACUGUCAGUUGGGAAGAAUUCAACUAGCCUGUCUCAUAGUAUGUCUGUACCGAGUGUACAUUGUGAAGAUACAAAGUUCCAGAAUCAAAUAAAUGCUUCUGAAACUUUUUCUAAAAAGAAAUCUGCAGAUGGUAAAGCUAUAUUGCCUCCGUCUCAUUCGAUAGUAUCAAAUGGCUAUGCCAUGGUGGAGGAAAAGGACACUGACAAGCUGAAGACCUUAGUUCUCCCGUCUAAGACCCCAGAUGACAAAUUGAAGGAAGGAAGUGAAUUAUUUGAUACUUCAAAUCACAUGUCACUAGAGAAAAGUUCUGAUGUGCAAUACAAAUCUCAGCCUGGGAAGUCAUUGAACUACAUUGAUGACUUAAAUCAAUCAUUUCAGUUGAAAGAGAAAAAUGGCAUUUGUGAGCGGACUGAUGUCGGUGUACCUGGAGAUAAACACUCCAUGCAAACUGUGAAGACUCCACUCAUGCAAAGGAAAGAAGGUUCUAGUGUUAGACCGAAAAGUACAAUGCUUGAAAAAGCCAUUAGGGACUUAGAGAAGAUGGUUACAGAAUCAAGACCACCAACUAUGGAGGUUCCAGAUACUGAUAUUUCAUCUCAGGCCAUCAAAAGGAGAUUGUCACCUGAAAUAAAGCAGAAGCUGGCCAAAGUUGCUAGACUAGCGCAAGCAAGCCAGGGAAAAAUAUCACAGGAGUUGAUUAGUCGUCUGAUGAGUUUUGUUGGCCACCUGGUACACAUUAGAACUUUAAAGAGAAACUUGAAAAACAUGGUUGAGAUUGGAUUGUCGGCAAAGCAAGAGAAAGAUGAUAGAUUUCAGCAGAUAAAAAAGGAUGUUGUGGAGAUGAUUAAAUUGCAGGUUCCGCUAAUGAAGUCCAAGAUACUAGAGGAACAAACUGGAGCGUCUGACAGUUUUCAAGAAAUUGAUACCAAAGAGAAAGAAGUCCUUAAAAGAAAAUGCAGUAUGGAUGAUGCUUUGGAGGACAAGAUAUGCGACCUUUAUGACCUUUAUGUUGAUGGGCUGGACGAAGAUGCUGGUCGACAGGCCAGAAAGUUGUAUGCAGAGCUUGCAAAAUUGUGGCCAAGUGGAUUCAUGGACAAUCAUGGGAUUAAACGUGCUAUCUGUAGGGCAAAAGAUAGGAAGAGGGCAUUUUACAGUCGUCAUAAAGUAUCAAGUGUUUGCGUAGUAGUCUUGAUUGGGAACAGUUCAGUAUGUCAUAGAAAUGUCGUUCGUUUGCUUCUGGUGUACUGA